AUGGUGAUUUGGUUUCGAGUGCAGGACAACGCUGGAAUGGAGUUUAUUGCGUCGUUUAGUACUAAGGACGGUCAGAAGAAAACAGACUUGGACACCAAUGUCUUCAGCGACGAGCAGAUAAGCAAAAACAUCUUGAUACUGAAGGCUUUCGAAAAGGCUCGAGAUAGUGGGGUCUACAGCUGUGCGUCAAUCAACGCUUGUGUUUGGUGAAGUAACUCGGCUUGCUGGGCCAGGUGAGUAGGCUAGCUAGGCUAAAUUACAUAAAUUGUAUCAGAAUAAUACAGUUCUAGACAUCAAUGUUUUUUAAAUCAGGUUCUUUAUAGCCUAUUAACAGUCUGAAAGUAAUCCUUGCUAACAAGCUUCACUUUUUAGCUGCGACAACAACAACAACAACCAUGAUGACUACACCAAUGACCACAGCCAUAGAGCUAACCAGCUCUACAACUGCUAAGUCAUGCAAAGGUAGAAUAUUUAUUGACAUCAUUAUCACAAUUAUUUUUAUAAUAUAAAUGUCCUCAUAUCUUUGAUAGAGUUGUUUUGUAUAAUCAAAGUUGAAUUUUCCAUUAUCCAAUGCUGUUGAACAUUGUAACACAUUUAUCCCAAAUGUCUUCCCUGUUUGACUUGUGUUUUUGCAGUGGGAAAGGUGGACCCUAGUGCAUCAUGUGAUAUGAUUGUUUGGGAUCCAUUGGCUGCUGGCUGUGGCUUCCUCUUCCUCCUCCUCAUCAUCACUGUAUGCCACUGCAACCGUGAGUCCUGCAUUCACUGACCAAUAUACCCCCAUGUACCCAUGAAACACCCACUAUGCAUUCACUCACCAAUGUACCCAUGAAACACCCACCCACCAAACAAAACAAGAGUAUUGAACCAACUGAUGUAAAUAUGCUGCCAAUUUUUCAGUUAGAAUGUAUGAAUAUUUUCAUAUAAUAUCCAUAUAAUUGUUUAAAUAAAUAAAUAAUAAAUAAUAUUAUGUAUUUAUUUAUUUAUUUAUUUAUUGUUUCUUUUGCUUUAGGGAUAAGAACGAAACGAUGCCCACAUCAUUACAAAAGACAGUAAGUUUUCCUUCUUUAAUAUGUCAAACAUAAGUCCUGUUAUGAUGUAUGCAGCCUAGAAAAUUAGUAGUUGAAAAAAGAGAAGGUCCGCACUUUUGGGAGUUCUCUCCCCUAAACGGUCCAACUGAGUUUGUAGUUAGAAAGACAAGCUUCUCUUAUUUCUGUCUUGUAUUCAGGCAGAGAAUGGGAGCACCAGGGCAACAACAUCCUAUAGCCAACAACAGACUUUUCUAA